AUGUCUGAAUCACACGGAUUAAUGAGAGACCCUGAGCCUGGACAGGCUGGGUACCCUGGGAAUCCUGGGUUCCCUGGGUUUCCUGAUUACACGCGGUAUAGUGGUGCCACACAAUUCGAAGGGCAUUCCUUCGAGCCAGAACGACCAAGCCAGAGCGAUAAGGAUUCCACACGAAACGGUUCCAUCGCACCGAACUCGACACAAGAGUUGGAUUGGGAUGGAGAGAAGGAUCCCGAGAAUCCUAUGAACUGGCCGAUGUGGAAGAAGGUUAUUCACACUGCCAUACCAGCGAUAUACACCUUUGGCCUAACAACAGGUAUCUCAACGCUUGUCGCAGGCCUUCCAGGUAUUAUGCAACAAUUCGGACAGACCAGUAGGAACGUUGCUCUCCUUCCUAUAACACUCUACACGAUGGGAUUCAUCUUCGGCCCUUGCAUCGCCGCCCCCAUAUCUGACCUCUAUGGUCGCCUCGUCGUCUACAAAGUCAACAUCAUCAUACUUAUCAUCUGCAACGCUAUCGCCGUCUCUUCCGACAACUUUGCAGCACUCGUGAUCUUCAGGUUCUUCGCGUCGCUUGGUGGAAGCGGUGUUAUGGCCGUAGGUGCAGGAACCAUGUCUGAUCUCUGGCUGCCCAGCCAAGUCAGCCGUGUAGGCAUUGCAUACCUGCUGGCACCGUUCCUUGGUCCUAGUAUGGGUCCUUUGAUUGGAUCGUACGCCAUCGAACAGUAUGGUGACUGGAAGUGGGGAAUUUGGGUCGUCCUCUGUAUUCUGACUCCCGUUGCUAUCGCCAUCUUCUUUUCUUCCGAGACAUCUAAGAAGCAGAUUCUUGCUGAGCGUGCCAAGAGACUCGGUAGACACCCCAAGUGUCAAGGUAUUGCAACGACCAUGCAAAAGAUUGGGAAGGCUAUGCUCAAGCCGUGGCACAUGUGCAUAUUCGAGCCUGUGUCACUUGUUCUCGGUCUUUACACUGGCUUUUCAUUUGCCAUGAUAUUCUCUUUCUUUGGCUCUUACAGUUAUGUCUACUCCACCGUCUACCAAUUCGAUGCACGCCAAAUCGGUCUUUGCUAUAUUGGUCUCAUCAUUGGUAUUCUCUUGGGUCUUGUCACUUUUGGAGUCUUUGACGCAACUAUCUACCAGAAGCAAGUGGCUAGAACCGGCGACAGAGUGGCACCAGAGCAUAGACUAUAUGCAGCGCUGCUUGGAAGUUUACUCGUACCAAUCGGGUUAUUCUGGUAUGCAUGGGCCCCUGAUCCAUCGGUGCAUUGGAUUGUCCCUGUUAUGGCUGGCGUCCCUUUCGCCUGGGGAACAAUGGCUUCAUUCCUAAGCUGUCUGGCCUAUUUGUCCAGUGCUUUCAAGCCCACAGACAUGUCUUCAGCUGUCGCGGCAAACGGAAUCUUUCGCUUUUUACUCGGAGCUGCUUUUCCAAACUUUGUGUUCCAAAUGUACCAAGAGAUGGGCAUUAACUGGGCUGGAAGUGUGUUUGCAUUCGUCAGUCUGGCAUUUAUUCCAGUGCCAUGGCUAUUGUUCUGGAAGGGCAAGGUGCUACGUGGGAAGAGUUCGUAUGAGCUGAGCAAGUAUUAA